AUGCCCGCUGUGAUGUCUCGUUUUGGAAAGGCAGCCCUUUCGGGUGUUCAGCGCCUGGGGCUGAAGAGCAUGGCGCCUCAAGCCCGCUUCAUCGCAGCAGUGGACCCCAUCAUUGCCCGCGCGCGUGAGAUGCAGAAGAUGCCCUACGAUGAAGCCAAGGAGGGUGAGGUGAAGGCACCCAACUAUGUUGGCUGGGACAAGGAGAUCGAUGACUCCUUCAAGAAGCUGUCAGUGGGCCCCAUCAAGGGUGGAAGGCCGUACGGCAAGAUUUGCGAUUCCGCUCUUGACUUGAUUGGCUUCACCCCGAUGGUUCGUAUGUCGCGCUUCUCCAAGUUCUUUGAUGUGGACUGUGAGUUGCUUGGCAAGGUUGAGCUCUUCAACGCCGGCGGCUCUGUCAAGGACCGCAUUGCGAAGAGGAUGGUCGAGGAGGCUGAGAAGAGCGGCCGAAUCAAGCCCGGUGACAUUCUGAUCGAGGCCACUAGCGGCAACACUGGAGUUGGACUUUGCCUCAUCUCGGCAAUCAAAGGCUACAAGCAGAUCAUCUGCUUGCCGCAGAAGAUGUCUGGUGAGAAGGUGAACACGAUGAAGUGCCUGGGUGCAGAGAUCCUCCGAACUCCUACCGAGGCUGCCUGGGACGCAAAGGACAGCCACAUCUUCCUGUCUGCCAGGCUUGCCAAGGACUUGGGUGGCCACGUGCUUGACCAGUAUUUGAACCCCGGCAACCCGCUGGCCCACUACGAUGGCACGGCCGAGGAGAUCGCCGAGCAGUGCGAAGGCAAGCUGGAUUACAUGAUCAUGUCCACUGGCACUGGUGGUACCAUGACCGGCGUGGCCAAGAAGCUCAAGGAGCUGAUCCCCAGCGUGCAGAUCGUUGGUGUCGACCCAUAUGGCAGCAUUCUCGCCGAGCCUGCCCAUGUCAACGAGAAGUCCCAGCGCACCGGGCAGGCGGCGCUGACUGCCUACCAGGUGGAGGGCAUCGGAUACGACUUCAUCCCAACGGUCCUUGACAGGGAAGUCGUGGACCACUGGGUGAAGACCGAUGAUGAUGAGGCCUUCGCCAUGUGCCGGGCUAUCGUUCGACAUGAAGGCCUGCUGAUCGGUGGCAGCUGCGGUUCGACCGUUGCCGGAGCGUACCGAUUCAUCAAGCAGAACAAGAUUGGCAAGGACAAGCGCUGUGCUGUGCUGCUCGCGGACUCGUCCCGAAAUUACAUGAGUGUCUCAGCUAAAGCAUUGGAGCAUGAUGGCAAGUUAGGCAAGUUCGGAAUGGUUCUCAACAUGUGGUUGGCUCCGCCACUGCAUCUUCUUUCAUCGGUCGCACACACAUCAGCUCGCUCGAAUGCUCAUUGCUUUGGACAGGCUUUGGAAAGCGCAAGCCAGAAACUCCCCCAAAAACCGCCGGUACCCUGGAGCCCAGAAGCAUAA